AUGCAUCACGCUUACAUUGUACAUUAUCUUCCACAGCAAAACUCGAAUGAACACCGUGGGUCUACUUCCAUGGGUCUUAAAAUGGAAAGAUACAUCAGAGAUCUUCAAUCAAAUAUUGUGCGUGAAAUCGAAGCUCUUGACGGCAAGAAGUUUCUCGUUGAUAGCUGGACUCGUAAGGAAGGUGGAGGGGGGACAUCGUGUAUCCUUCAAAACGGUAGCGUAUUCGAAAAAGCUGGCGUUAAUAUCUCCGUUGUGCACGGGACGCUGCCAACUGCUGCUGUGAUGCAGAUGAAGUCAAGGCAUAAAGAAUUAGAUGCAAGUAAACCACAAAAAUUCUUUGCUGCUGGAAUAUCUAUUGUUAUGCAUCCGCACAACCCAAUGGUUCCAACAGUGCAUAUGAACUAUCGAUAUUUUGAACUCAAAGAUGAGGAAACAGGGAGAGCUAAGAUUUGGUGGUUUGGCGGCGGAUCUGAUUUAACGCCAUCAUACUUUUUCGAGGAGGAUGCCAUCCAUUUUCAUAAGACACUGAAGUCUGCUUGUGAUGAGCAUGAUAAAGAGUUCUAUCCUCGAUUCAAGAAAUGGUGCGACAAGUAUUUUUAUCUCCAGCAUCGUCAGGAGGCACGCGGUAUUGGUGGGAUUUUCUUUGACGAUCUAGACGAUAGACCAGCCGAGAAAUUGUUCGAAUUCAUCAAAGAUUGCGGGAAUUCAUUUCUUCCAUCAUACGUCCCGUUGGUGAAGAAGAGGAUGAACGCGAAGUUUGCUGAGAGUGAGAAGAGGUGGCAACAAUUGAGGAGAGGCAGAUAUGUGGAGUUUAAUCUGAUAUGGGAUAGGGGAACUAAAUUCGGGUUGCAAACGCCAGGAGCGAGGAUUGAGAGUAUUCUAAUGUCCUUGCCAUUGACUGCUCGGUGGGAGUAUAUGCAUUCCCCGGUGGUAGGAAGUAAAGAACAAGCUAUAUUGGAUGUAUUAAAAAACCCCAGAGACUGGGCAUGA